UUUUCUCUCUCGCUGCAAUGGCUCAUAAUGAGAACAGGAAUGUGUACGGCUCUCCUGCAAGGUACCAUACCCGGGGUAGCACACGGCUGCACCCCGAAUAUGACUGCUUGCAAACGCGAAUAUUUAAAAUAAUUGUUAUUGGUGACUCAAACGUGGGAAAAACCUGCUUGAGUUACCGGUUUUGUGGUGGGAAAUUCCUACAAAAUCCAGAAGCUACUAUCGGGGUGGAUUUUCGGGAACGGACUGUGGAAAUAGAUGGAGAGAAAAUAAAGAUUCAGAUAUGGGACACUGCCGGGCAGGAGAGAUUCCGCAAAAGCAUGGUGGAACACUACUACAGGAAUGUUCACGCCAUCGUCUUCGUGUAUGACAUCACAAAGCUCUCCACGUUUGAGAGCUUGCCAGACUGGAUUGAGGAAUGCGCCAGACAUUCCGUCUCUCCUUCCGUGCCACGGAUCAUGGUUGGCAACAAGUGUGACCUAACGGACACAUGUCAGAUCUCUACUUCCUCUGCCCAGCGGUUGGCGGAUAACUAUAACCUGCCCUUGUUUGAGACUUCUGCGAAGGACCCCACUGAAAAAGAGCACGUUGAUGCCAUUUUUAUGACACUGGCUUACAAACUGAAGAACCACAAACCCUUAAGACUAAAACAGCUACCUCGGGAGAGCAGUAUGGUACAUCUUUCUCAGGAAGAAGAUGCCCAGAGCCCUUGUCUGUGCUAAGGUUUUCGUUUCCUGCACACUUGUGAUAGCAUUGUCAUGCACUGUAUCUUGACUUGAGGGUCAAUCCAAUCUUGGAGUACAGUGCCUUGCUAUACAACGACUUCAAUCCAGAGUUUCACAUUGUUUCUGUUGCAGAUGUGUGUACAGGGCAUAGUUUUAUACCUGGAGAUUUGAAACCUCUGGCUUUCUCUUUUAUUGGCAGGAGGAGGUUUGAGUUCUGUGCUACUUCAGAAAAUUCAAGAUAAUCAGUCAGUCAGUCUUAAGAUAUCAGUACCCUACAUCUUAUGUUAUUACUUUCUGACAACAAUCAUUUUAAAAGCAUGUCAUUAUUUAUUUAAAUGAUGUAUACUAAGUUAGCGGUAUUGUUUUGAAAGGGGGAGUGAUCUAAGUUUUUACUAAGGAUCAUUUUCACAUUAGGCAAAUAUCCUGCAGGAUUCGGGUUAAUUUAUGUAUUUGUUUAAUAAAAUGAACUGUGCAGUAUAUUUAUAUGUGUACUAAGGAGGAAAGCCUCCAGAGAUGUGUGGCAUACAUCAGAAUCAGAAGGGUUAUAUUGCAAUACUUGGCUUUAAUAAUGAACUGUUUUUGGACAAGGCACAAAAACAUGGCCUUUGAGAUAUAAGAGUACACCUGAAACACAAGGAUUGAUGUGAUCAGGAUGUCUCCAGCCUCACAUCUGGGUGUCGGUUAUUAUAGAAAGCAUGCUGCUAGUAACAAUGUACGUAUUGAAAGCAUUCCAGUGGUUUGUGAAGCGUCUGUUUGAUUUAUAGGUACUGGUCACAUGGGAUAGUUAAAACUGUAAUGCAAGAAGUUCAAAAAGAUUAAGCAGUGGUUUCCAGAUGAAUUAAUGCUAUCAUCCAUCAAAAAACGAUAUAUUUGUUUAGUUUGUUUUGCGUGUUUUUUGGUUUGAAUUAGUGAUUUGCUGCUGGAAGGCAAGACUUGGAAGCAGCCAUGCGCAAUGCAGUAAAAUAAUAAAUUAUCUGAAAGCA